AUGGAUCCAGACUGGAAAGAAGUCAAGCAUCGAGCGAUGCAAGGUCGUCUACAGAGCCUCAGGCUUCGUAUCAUUGAUCUUGCGAAUAAUGUAGACAAUUAUACGACAGAACAGCUUGGAAUUCAUUGCGGUGCUAUCAUGGAAGACAUCCGCAGCUUUUCCUACGAUUGCAUUUCAGAAAGCAGGGAUCGGCUCGACGAAUUCCAAUAUUACUGGAGAGUGGGAGAAAUCGAGGUAUUGAUCAAGUUUUGUGUUGAAGAGGAGCUUGAGAAGAUUGAACGGGCAGGGCAUCGCAAACCUCGGUUGGCGAGAGAAAAGCGCAGGGAAAUGAUGACAGAUCUCAGAUUCGACAUUCCUUUUACUGAACUGUGCUUCGUCCCUUUCGACGCUUAUGACUUCUUCAUGAGCCUCGGACAGGCAUUCAAGGACCUUAUUGUCGACGAGCUGAGGCAUCGUGCUCAUGACGAUGUUAUGGCUAGCCCUCAGUCUAUCGAGGACGAGCAGUCCAUCAAGGAGGAAGAGUCUGUUAAGGAAGAGCAGUCUAUUGAGGAGGAGCAAGGUGUCAGCGAGCAACCUCGUCUCGAACUACAGUUUCCUGAGGAGUUCAUCACUAACGAUGUGCUUAAGCAGAUGUUCAGGCGUGAGGCGGCCAACAAUGAUGAUCCCAGCAGUCGCUGGGCAAAGCAACAAAUUGAUGCGUAUCAGAGAUACCUCCAACUGCCAGUCACAGACAAAGUGGCAUCAGGAGCUGUGGAGGAAUAUGACGACUGUGUAUCAAUGAAGAUGCCGUGUCCGCCUGGGAUGCGUUUGCUUCUCCUGACCCGUUCAGGAGACUGGUGGUUUCCCCAUCCAGUGGACCCUUCUACGAAGAAUUCUGGUUCUUGGGGUGAUGUUCCUAACCUGGAGGUAAUUACCAUGACUCGCGACCAGUUGCGGGAAGAUCACGAGUUUGGGGGAGCUGCCUUCAAAAAGGAGGUUCCUGUAAUUGAGCCUCGUCUAGAGAAGUUGGACAUUGACUUUGACAAGGUUGUUACUUCUCAGUAUGGGAUGGUGGUUGCAUGGAAGUACGUGGGAGGCGAUGAAUGGUAUGAUCGUUAUGGCCACGUUGUUCCAGAUCUUGUUGUUGACGAGUCAAUCAUUCACCACGGUCGACGAUGGAGUGAGACUAGGGAAGAAGUUGAUUUUUCGGAUACGGAUUGA